AUGCCCGCUCCACCUAGUCCAACAAUCCACAAUGUCGGCAGUCGGCCAUUGAGUACCAGCGGUUCCAAAAAGCCCAAUAAUCACAAGAUAGUUUUUGAGAACCAAGGCCGGUCCCCAUUACAAGAGGCUUCCCCCUCCAAGCUGAACACGAUAACAUCAAAACAACUCAAAACGAAACAUACCAGCUUGCUUGCCACAAAACCCGAGGAUACUUCACUUGAUUUGAUUUCUAGACGCAGGAAUAAAGCUGGUGUCAACGCUUUGAAAAUCCCUCCACACCCCAACAUACUCCAUGUGGACAUCUCCACAUCAACAAUCAAGCGGAAACAAAAUGAAGUUUUCUAUCACGGAGAACACGUUGGUGGAACCAACCAGAUGACGAUUCGGACUCCUUCAUCGCCAGUGGACAUUAGCUUGCUUUCUGUUUUCUUCAGAUCAAGUAAAACCAAGCGUCCUCGACAGACGAGCUCUGCGUUAUGGAAACUGCCAACUAUCGGUGAGGUCAUCACGGAAUUCUCAGAUCCCGCAACCCUACUUCUUGGGCCCGAAACAGCAGUAUAUGCUGUCAAGCAGGAUCCCGGAUCGGAGAAGGCUUCGAGAGCCCAGAGUACUGUCACAUAUGAUAGUGAACAGCCGCCAACUUUGGCAGAAAAGACCGGCGAGAACUUGCUUGAUGGGUAUAGAAUAAACUGUUCAGGCAACCAAGCACCUUUCUCGUCGAUUGAAUUUGAAUCUAUACUUUCGCGUUGGAACUCAAAGGACUUGGGCACGGCUCCAAAGUCGCUUCUCAAGAUCAUGCCUCUUGAAUUAUUCGAGCACUUGGGAGCAAAUAGUAGGAAAUGCCCGGCUUGGACAUUAAAAGGACAGAGGUGCAAAGUUUUUCGCGCACUCAAGCCUAUUCCAACGCAACUCCAACCCCUGAUCGCCCUCGAACGAGGCGAACUUCUACCAGCCAUUCAGCAGCUAAUAGGAGUGGCAUUCUGUCAUUCACAUCGGAAGGUCGCAUUCAAAGAAAUGCAAACCUGGAGCGAGGAGUUUCGAGAAUUGUCAAAGAUCAAAGACUAUGAUUCUGUUUUUGAAAGUGCGAACCAUCGUUUAUGGGCUCUUGUUUGCUGGAUUCGUCUCCUAGAUAGGGCGACGCUGUCUCAGCUAACACCAUCCGCGUCCUUGCAACCUGAUUUGGACAAAACUGUCCAAAAUAAUUCGCAUCCGGUCAACCCAAUCCAAGUUUUCAAGCCUUACGCAAGUGAAGUUUUAUCGAGGGCAAUCUCCGACGAGCUUGCAAAGCUUCUGACCAAACCUCUCCAAAAAAGCGAUAUCAAAUAUCAGGGCUCGAUUUACAUUUUCUGGCAACGUGGAAACUUUGGCCACUUGAAAAUUGGGCGAUCUGGAAACGUAUCCCGCCGUCUGAGCGAAUGGAAUAAACAGUGCAAAAAGGAUAUGGAGGUUCACUUCCCGACGAAAAAUGGGGAUGAGAGUACGCCAGAUGUACAACAGGUGCCACACAUAUCACGCGUUGAAGCUCUGGUGCAUCUAGAAUUGAUGCACCAGAGGAAAGUCGAAAAAAGGUGCCCUGGGUGUUUUAAAUCACACGUGGAAUGGUUCGAGACCCCCAAGGAUAUUGCAAUAGGAGUUGUCCGCAAGUGGUCGGCUUGGAUGGUGACAAGGCCAUAUGAGAAACAAAUGAUAGAUGAUGAGGAGCAGUGGAUUCUGAAAAGUGAGGAACGGAAAAAAUUGGAUAAGCUGUGCCGCCCGGGGAUAGACUUUCCAACGGCUUCUUUGCCCGUUGUCAAAAAGGAAGGCCUCUCCUCUUCGACUUUGACUCUCGCUUCUGUCUGCGAGAUGAGAGGAGAGGAUGUCGCAGCUUAA